AACUUUUUUUAGAAAAAAUUGUAACUUCUCGUUUUGUCAACCAGAAAACAACUGAUAGCAUCCAUUCAAUAAUAAUGAUCAACACUAGACAUCCUGAUGUAUCCAUGUUAGGUCUUCUAUAAUCUUGAUAAUAUCAUGUACGGCCGCUUCCUUCUUAGUUCCAUCCACGUCGAUCUGCAAUUUUCAACAGAUUUGAUUGUGUCAGUCAAAUUUCCCUGUAAUAUUCGAAGAAAUUCAUAAUUCAUAAUAAUCGGGUGGUAUUUGUGUGACCAGACCAAUUGCAUCGCUGACUAUGCCAAAUAGCACACAACCCGUUGUCGCCGUCGUUCGCUCACCAAAGUUUUGCAUCACGAGCGAACCGUGGCGGAAUACAUUCACCACAUCACCGAGAUCGCAUUGAGCAACCUUUGGUACUUGCUAUCGUUCGUCGUCCGUUGCUGCGGCCCUUCAAAUAAAAACAAAAAUUGUUCGUAUUAUAAACAGAGCUACGGAAAUCCUACUUACCCAUCUUUUAGGCAAACAAAUAGAUUGUUCUGUUAUCCGCCCGAGGAAAUCACUGUCAUCCAAUUUGGUUAAUAGUCGCGAGCGAUCUCCUCAAAAUUACCUCCAGCGUGACAGAUCGCAUCAAAUCACCCACCAAAAUGAAGUCGCCUGUAGUGAUCCCCGAUAAUCGUUCGAUUAAUCGAUUAAUCGAAUACUUCCUACAGAAAUCGAUUAUUAAUCGAACGAAUACUGCGCAACCAAUAAUCGAAGCGAACGAAUAAUUUGCGUCGAUUAAUCGAUCCAAACCCAGAAGAAAAAAAAUACGACCGCUGCUGUUUUAUUUUUUUAUAAGUUAUUUUGAUUAUAUUUGAUUUACCAUGUAGUGGCUCACCCCACUUCGUAAACACCUUGAUCUGCAUGUCUUGUCAGUGGGCUUUGUCAUUAGUCAUUUUGUUUCAACAGUGCUAGGGUUCAGACUGUAAUCGCGACUUAUGGCGCAAAAAGCGAAUUGGAAGCGAAAGUGAAAGAAAUAUUUUUGCGGAGAAAAUUUAACAAAUACUGCAGGUAUUGUAAAUAUCUUAUAUUUUAUUUGAAAAAGUGUUGAAUUUUAUUUUAUUCGCAGGUUCAGAUAUCCAGGGAGAUUGAAAUCCUGUUCCAGAGAAAAAAGGACAGCGUUGCCUUUUCUUCACGGCCAUUUUGAGCGCGUUUUUUCAGAUUGAAUAUCGAUUGGAACCGAAGAAGCCUAAUUGGGAAAAAUUCGCGAUGUCAGAAACACCUUCGACAAAAAAUCAAGAAAAAUCUAUAAUCAGUCCGGCUUGGGAGUUCUUUAAAAAAAUUGAGGGGAACAAAGUACAAUGUAAAUUAUGUUUGCAUAUUCUAAGUUUUUGCCGCAACACGAGCAACAUGCUCAAUCAUUUGACAUUCAAGCAUAAAAAUUUGGCCUUCUCCACUGUUAAUGAAAGACCGGCCCCGGUUCUAAAUCAGGGACGAAAAAGAACAGCAUCACAAGAAUCUAGAAUUGAUACUACUCCCAAAAUGGGUCCACGGCAACAAACUAUUACAUCGGCUUUCGAUCGUCCUUUUUCAUACGGAGCUGGCGGUACCAAAGGAAAAGAAAUAACAACUUGUGUCAUGUACAUGGUGUGUACGGAUAACAUGCCUCUUUGUACAGUAGACAAGAAAGGAUUUCGUCAACUAAUGAAAACUGUAUGCCCACUAUAUAAAGUGCCGCACGAGACACAGUUUCGCGAGAUCCUGAAAAAUAAAUUUAUAAAAAGCAAAGAAAUUGUCAGAAACCGCCUCCGAUCGAUCACAAGCAUCUGUCUAACGACAGAUGUUUGGACCGAAAUGUUAAACGUCAGAAGCUACUUGGGGAUCACAGGGCAUUUUAUUCAUGAUUCUCAACUACACUCCGUUUUGCUAGGAGUUGUUGAAUGCAAACAAUCGAAAACAUCAGAAUACAUUGCGAAUCUGUUGCGGGUUUGCUGCAACGAUUGGGGUAUUAAAAACGAAACAAUUUCUUGUGUAACGACCGAUCUCGGUGCAAACAUACUAGGGGCAGUAAGAAUGGAGUACGGUGAACGACGCCAUGUACCGUGCUUCGCCCACACAAUCAACUUGAUCGCAAGCAAAGCAGUCCCCUUGUACAAAGAAGCAUACGCAGCUCGGAUGGAGCCGGUCAUAGAAGAGGAUAACGACGAUGAGCUGGAUGGUGUUGAGGAUCAUUGUACGAUAGAGGUUUCCAUUACACCAGAGAAAAAUAUGAUAUAUAUAAUCAAGAAGAUGAAAACAAUAAUCAAGUUCUUCAAAGCAAGUGAAACAGCCACCAGAGAACUGAGAAAACUGCAGUUGGCCGAUAAUAAAAAGGAAGGACAAUGUCUAGGACUAGUGUUGGAUGUCCGAACACGAUGGAAUUCGAUUAUGGCAAUGAUAGAAAGAUUCCUUGUAAUGGCACACUAUAUUUCAAGGGUACUGCUCGUUGUUCCUAAAACACCAACUAUGUUAACAGCAGAUGAGUUGUCAAUUUUGAAGGAAAUCUGCAAAGUUCUCCACCCAUUGGAAACAGUAACUACCGAAAUGUCAGCUGAAAAGUACGUGACGAUCAGUAAAAUUAUCCCAUUGGUUCGGUUGCUAAAAAUCAGCUAUACAAGUAUGCAGCUUGAUUCUGCUGAAGCUAUGUCUGUAAAAAACAGCAUUAUGCUGCACAUCAUGAAAUAUUUCAAUGAUGUAGGAAAAAGAAAACUUUUCGCGGUCGCAACGCUUCUUGAUCCCCGAUUCAAGAAAAUACAUUUUGAAAGUCCUCUCACGGUGGCCCCCGCUAUUUCAUGGGUUGGGGAACUUGUCAGAACAGCUGCGGAAGAGUCACCUGAAUUCGAAUACAAUCUUCGGAUAUCAGGAGAGCCAGAAACAAACACCACUACCGACGACUUGUGGGCGAUUCAUGAUUCCAUGGUAGCUGAAAGCAAUCACGUGCAUGGAGAUGACAGCGCCGGAGGAAUUCCCAUUGAACUGAGGCAGUAUUUAAAUACUACAGUCGCUCCGAGGACCUGUGACCCACUUAUAGUGUGGAAUGAAAUACGAGCACAGUAUCCAAACGUGCAUAAAAUAGCUAUGCAAUUUUUAUGUAAUUCAGCGACGUCUGUUCCUUCGGAACGUUUGUUCUCGAAAGCAGGGCAGAUAAUGACUAAGCAAAGAAACCGUUUGUCCGGUUCUAACUUAGACAUGAUAUUAUUCCUACAAUCGAUCGAUGAAAAUGUUUGGUUUUCGUAAAGGUGCGAGAUAGCUGAAAAAUUGCGAUAUUACGUUGCAUCGUUUUAGUGUCUACUGCACAGAGAAAGACACCAAAACGAUUCAACGUAAAAUCGAAAUUUUUCACCGCUUUCGCAGCUUUUUGCGGAACUGUGCGAUAAAUGUAUACAGGAAAUCCUGUUUUUGAGCGAUCCUUUUUUGUACGAUUUCUCGUUUGUACGACCCUUUUU